AUGGGCUGGACGUCAAUAGCGACAGUUAGCUCGCGAAAAGACACCGAAACCUAUCCAUUUGUGAACAUCAUCUCCUUCAGCGAUGGCCCCCUCGGCAACGGUACUGGGAUUCCGUAUAUGUUCCUCACGCCACUAGAUUUUACCGCCCAAGAUGUUUUCAAAGACGAUCGGGCCACGUUAAUGAUGACUUUGGCCCAAGGGAGGUAUUGUGAGUCGAAAAAUUACGACCCAAUGGAUCCACGUUGCGCCAGGGUUGUGUUUAGCGGAAAAAUCAAGGAGGUGAAGGAAAAUAAUCCCGAGUAUCCGAUAGCCAAGAGUGCAAUAUUCGGACGACAUCCUUGGCUUGCCCAUAUGCCAAAAGAUCAUCACUUUUUCUUUGCGAAAUUGAAGAUCGGAACGAUUGCCGUAUUGGACACGUUUGGAGGACCGAAAUAUGUUACAUUGGAUGACUAUUUACAGCCUCCGAAAUCCGAUCGAUAAUAUCGCUACAAGUAAUUGAUAAUCGGUCGAGGCUCACCUUUGUUAUUUCAUUUGUCAAUAACUUAUUGGAAUGAAUAAGUUUAACCAUAAUUUAAUAAUAACAUAAGCCAAUGACUUUUUUAAACGAAUUUAUCAAUUUAAGGUGCUAUAUACGCCUACUUUACGUGAUAUUAAAAAUAUCUUGCGAUA